UUUCAGAAGAACUAACCAGCCAAUAUGGGAAAGGAAAAGACUCAUAUCAACAUUGUCGUCAUUGGUCACGUCGACUCAGGCAAGUCUACCACCACUGGUCACAUGAUCUACCAGUGCGGAGGUAUUGACAAGAGAACCAUCGAGAAGUUCGAGAAGGAAGCCCAGGAGAUGGGUAAGGGAUCCUUCAAGUACGCAUGGGUUCUUGACAAACUGAAGGCCGAACGUGAGCGUGGAAUUACCAUUGAUAUCGCUCUCUGGAAGUUCGAGACCCCUAAGUACUACGUCACCAUCAUUGAUGCUCCAGGACACAGGGAUUUCAUCAAGAACAUGAUCACUGGAACUUCUCAGGCCGAUUGCGGUGUCCUUAUCAUCGCUUCCGGAACUGGAGAGUUUGAGGCUGGUAUUUCUAAGAACGGACAGACUAGAGAGCAUGCUCUUCUGGCCUACACUCUUGGAGUAAAGCAGCUGAUCGUUGGAGUAAACAAGAUGGACUCCACCGAGCCCCCAUACAGUCAGGCCAGGUUUGAGGAGAUUCAGAAGGAGGUGUCUGGAUUUAUCAAGAAGGUUGGAUAUAACCCAGCUGCCGUUCCCUUCGUUCCCAUCUCUGGAUGGCACGGAGACAACAUGUUGGCAACCAGCCCCAACAUGUCCUGGUACAAGGGAUGGAAUAUUGAGAGGAAGGAGGGUAAGGCCAGCGGAACCACUCUUCUGGAGGCCUUCGAUGCCAUCAUUCCCCCCACCAGACCCACUGACAAGCCCCUCAGACUUCCCCUCCAGGAUGUGUACAAAAUUGGAGGUAUUGGAACAGUCCCAGUCGGCAGAGUCGAGACUGGAAUCAUCAAGCCCGGCAUGGUCGUCACCUUUGCUCCCGGACAGCUCUCCACUGAGGUCAAGUCCGUUGAGAUGCACCACGAGUCUCUCCCUGAGGCCACCCCCGGAGACAAUGUUGGAUUCAAUGUCAAGAACGUCUCUGUCAAGGAUAUUAAGAGAGGAAACGUUGCAUCUGACUCCAAGAACCGCCCAGCUACUGGAGUCCAGGACUUUACUGCUCAGGUUAUUGUUCUGAACCACCCUGGACAGAUCUCGAACGGAUAUUCUCCAGUCUUGGAUUGUCAUACCGCUCACAUUGCUUGCAAGUUCGCCGAGAUCAAGGAGAAGGUUGACAGGCGUACUGGUAAGUCCACUGAGGACAACCCUAAGUUCAUCAAGUCCGGAGAUGCCGCGAUCGUCAGGCUCGUUCCCAGCAAACCCAUGUGCGUCGAAGCCUUCUCUGACUUCCCUCCUCUUGGACGUUUUGCUGUCAGAGACAUGAGACAGACCGUCGCUGUCGGUGUCAUCAAGGCUACUACCCCUAAGGAUGUAGCUGGUUCGGCCACCAAGUCUGCUGCCAAGGCUCAGAAGAAGAAGUGAGAUGAAGUGUUGGGGCAACAAGUACUGUGCGAUGUUGGAACGACCGACCAACUCCACAUCAAACCCUGUGGCGAUUAUUUCGUUUACAUAAUUUUUUCACACUUUAAAAAAUAUGUUUAUUUCCAUCGGAAAGAAUUUCGUCGGAUAGCCCUAUUCUGUUGCCCAAAUCUGAAUUAAUGCUGGUGCAAAUCGAGCAAUUUAAUUGGUUAUUCCCAUGUUUAAGUAACUAUUAUAUUUUGUUACCGACAGGGUUAAUAAAUAAGUGAUAACAACUAA